UUAUAAGUGAUCAGUGUGAUCACUGAGUUGCCUCGUGAAACUGAAAAGCUUCAGAGAGAGAGAGAUGGAUACGAUGCGAAUCUCCGCCGGAGCUGAGAAGAUUCCGGUGAAAUGCAACUCCCUGUCGAGCCUCGUCACUCGUCGCUGGAGAACGAAGACGUUCCCGGCGAGGAUCAGAAACUGGCGACUUUUAUCGGUGAAAUCUAUCUCCAGCAAUACCAAGACUCUAGUCACCGAUUCCGAACAAGUAGCCUCGAGCAUCAAGCACCACUCUGAGUUCAGGCCUCUGUUCUCUCCCGAGAAGUUCGAGCUGCCUAAGGCUUUCUUCGCCACCGCACAGAGCGUCAGAGACGCUCUGAUCGUGAACUGGAACUCUACUUAUGAGUGUUACAACAGAGUGAAUCCGAAACAGGCUUACUAUCUGUCUAUGGAGUUUCUGCAGGGUAGAGCCUUGUUGAAUGCAGUUGGUAACCUCGGCCUCACUGGUGCUUACGGUGAUGCUUUGAAGAGUCUUGGCUUUGAAUUAGAAAGUGUAGCUGGUCAGGAGCCAGAUCCUGCACUUGGGAACGGUGGACUCGGGAGGCUCGCCUCGUGCUUUUUGGACUCCAUGGCUACUCUGAACUAUCCGGCGUGGGGUUAUGGACUUAGGUACAAGUACGGAUUGUUCAAACAGAUAAUCACUAAAGAUGGUCAGGAGGAAGCUGCAGAAGACUGGCUUGAGCUAAGCAAUCCUUGGGAGAUAGUCAGAAACGAUGUCUCGUAUCCAGUAAAGUUCUAUGGGAAAGUGGUUUUUGGAUCAGAUGGUAGGAAACGGUGGAUUGGUGGUGAAGACGUUGUGGCCGUUGCUUAUGAUGUUCCUAUCCCUGGCUAUAAAACCAAGACUACUAUCAAUCUACGGCUCUGGUCAACAAAGGCCCCUUCAGGAGAUUUUGAUUUGUCUUUGUAUAACUCUGGCAAGCACACUGAGGCAGCAGAAGCUCUAUUCAACGCUGAAAAGAUUUGCUACGUGCUUUAUCCUGGAGAUGAGUCAGAUGAAGGAAAGGCUCUUAGGCUGAAGCAACAGUACACUCUGUGCUCAGCCUCGCUUCAAGAUAUCGUAGCACGGUUUGAGACGAGGUCUGGAGGGAGUGUUAACUGGGAAGAGUUUCCAGAGAAGGUUGCGGUGCAGAUGAAUGACACUCACCCAACCCUAUGCAUUCCUGAGCUUAUGAGGAUUCUAAUGGAUUUGAAAGGACUUAGCUGGGAGGACGCUUGGAAAAUCACACAGAGGACUGUGGCAUACACAAACCAUACAGUCUUGCCUGAGGCAUUGGAGAAGUGGAGUUUAGAACUAAUGGAGAAAUUGCUCCCUCGUCAUGUAGAGAUUAUCGAAAAGAUUGAUGAGGAGCUAGUGGGCACAAUUGUUUCCGAGUAUGGCACCGCAGAUCCUGACUUGCUCAAGGAGAAACUGAACGCAAUGAGGAUAUUAGAAAACGUCGAGUUGCCUUCUGCCUUUGCAGAUGUGAUUGUAAAGCCAGAGAGCAAACCAGUUAUUGCAGAAAAGACCAUAGACCUGUCGGAAGAUGCUAAAGAAGAUGCUCAAACUGAUGUGAUUGUAAAGCCAGAGAGCAAACCAGUUAUUGCAGAAAAGACCAUAGACCUGUCAGAAGAUGCUAAAGAAGAUGCUCAAACUGAUGUGAAAAAGGAAGUAGAAGAGGAAGAAACUGCUGGCGUCAUAGCGGAAGUUAUCCCAGAACCACCAAAGAUGGUCCGUAUGGCCAACCUUGCUGUUGUGGGUGGUCAUGCUGUAAAUGGGGUUGCAGAGAUACACAGUGAAAUAGUGAAAACGGAUGUUUUUAAUGAUUUCGUUAAGUUGUGGCCGGAUAAAUUUCAGAAUAAAACAAACGGAGUAACACCAAGGCGGUGGAUUCGUUUCUGCAACCCGUACUUAAGUGAUAUUAUAACUAACUGGAUAGGCACAGAAGACUGGGUCUUGAAUACUGAAAAGCUUGCGGAACUAAGAAAGUUUGCAGAUGAUGAAGAUCUUCAAUCUGAGUGGAGGGCAGCAAAGAAGAAGAACAAGUUGAAGGUUGUAUCACUAAUCAAGGAAAGAACUGGAUAUACUGUCAGCCCGGAUGCAAUGUUCGACAUUCAGAUCAAGCGUAUCCACGAGUACAAGCGACAACUGCUUAACAUCUUGGGAAUAGUUUACCGUUACAAAAAGAUGAAGGAGAUGAGUGCUAGUGAGAGGGAGAAGGCAUUUGUUCCAAGAGUUUGCAUAUUUGGGGGAAAGGCAUUCGCUACAUAUGUACAAGCUAAGAGGAUUGUGAAAUUCAUCACAGAUGUUGGGUCUACAAUUAACCAUGAUCCAGAAAUAGGUGACUUGCUUAAGGUUAUCUUUGUUCCUGAUUACAAUGUCAGUGUUGCUGAAUUGCUCAUUCCAGCAAGCGAGCUUUCUCAGCACAUCAGUACCGCUGGGAUGGAAGCGAGUGGGACAAGCAACAUGAAGUUUUCUAUGAACGGUUGCAUUUUGAUUGGAACCUUGGAUGGGGCGAAUGUCGAGAUCAGAGAAGAAGUUGGUGAAGAGAACUUCUUCCUCUUUGGUGCCAAAGCUGAUGAGAUUGCAGACCUGAGGAAAGAGAGAGCAGAGGGAAAGUUUGUUCCAGAUCCUAGUUUUGAAGAAGUCAAGCAAUUCGUUAGAAGCGGUGUCUUUGGCUCAAACAAAUACGAUGAACUGAUUGGCUCUCUGGAAGGAAACGAAGGCUUUGGAAGAGCUGAUUACUUCCUUGUUGGCAAAGACUUUCCUAGCUACGUUGAAUGCCAAGAAAAAGUUGACAAGGCAUACCGUGACCAGAAAAGAUGGACGAGAAUGUCAAUCUUGAACACUGCAGGUUCAUCCAAGUUUAGCAGUGAUCGGACGAUCCACGAAUAUGCCGAAGACAUAUGGAAUAUUAAACAAGUGGAACUUCCAUGAGCUAGCCUUGACUACUAGUCUACCUUAAGAACUCUUUUGUAUGUUUUUUUCUACUUCCCAAGUUUCCAGUGUAUCCAGGUAAAUAAGGAAAUCAUAUGUAAUGAUAUGCAACACAAUGUUCCUUCCCGUUAGUAUCUUUUAAAUUCAAUCAACUCCUCCUGAGA